AUGAAAACUAUAACUACGUUGAUGAAUUACCUUAUAGUGACACCUUUAUAUAGGCAGGAUGUUUUAGAGCAAAAUAAUAAUUUUGAAGAAAUCAAUCGUGGAACAUUUUAUCAGAACGCAGCUAAAAUGGACGAUAUACAUGAUCCAAAAAUUUCGGAGCAUUACUUUGGUCACUUACAAAAGGCUCACGACCUCACCGCAAGUGAUAUUCAAAGAGGCCGAGACUUAGGAAUUGGAGGAUAUAAUGAAUAUAGGCGCAUAUGUGGUCUAAAAGCUGCCAAGACCUUUGAAGAUUUUUCUGAUGUAAUUGACAUUGAGAUAAUUACACCUUAA